CGUCACUCGGUGACGCACUUCUCUUACAAGAAUUUUCCGGAAGCAGAAGAGCUGUGUUGUGUUCUAGAUAGUAGUGUGAAGUACUGUUCAAGAUGGAGGUGUUUGUGUGUGAUUUCUCAUGGCAGUCUUAUAGUUUAUUUCUCUCUCCUGGCGCCUCUGUUGGGAAUUUAAUACAUCUCUUUUCUGACACGAAGGGUAUCCCUGAGGCUGAUUUCUACGUUAAGAGCAAUGGGCGACUGGCUGACCAGGAUGAAAGGCUGUUGCCUGGACAGGUAUAUCGCUUGGAGCCUCGGCUCUGCGGAGGGAAAGGAGGUUUUGGGUCUAUGCUGAGAGCUCUGGGGGCGCAGAUUGAGAAGACGACAAACCGUGAAGCCUGCAGGGAUUUGAGUGGGAGGCGUCUUCGAGAUGUUAAUCAUGAGAAAGAGAUGGCCGAGUGGCUGAAGAAACAGGCAGAGCGCGAGGCAGAGAAGGAGCAGCGCCGCCUGGAGCAGCUGCAGCGCAAGCUGGCCGAGCCCAAGCACUACUUCACUGACCCCACUUACGAGCAGCAGUGCCACGAGAUGUCCGAGCGCCUGGAGGACUCCGUCCUAAAGGGUAUGCAGGCAUCUUCUAGCGGAGUGGUGAAGGCAGAAGAUUUCUGCAGUCGAAAGAGACCCACAUCAAGCAAACAACAGAAAUCACGCAAGAAGAUAUGUUUUUGGACAGGGGUGGAUGGGCUGGAGGAGCUGGGGAGUUCAGAAGAUGACAGUGAUGCUAGCGAGGAGGAAGGGGGCUCUCCGUCCACAUCUGGUGUGAGCUCAAGUGCAGCAGGCAGCCCUACUCGGAGAGGUCCAGCCCGGUGUGGGGUGGAAUCCAGCUCCACCUCCAGCCCUGAGCCUGCAUCCCCCCGGUCCAGCCCGGAGCAACCAGAGAAGGAGGCCGCAGUAGAGCUUCUGGCUGAAACGGAGACGAACAGGCCAGAAGCAGAGUCCACGGGAACAAGCAGUGGUGCAGUGGAAGAGCAGAAGGAGACCCAGCCCAUAAAAACAGCACAUGUAGAGUCUGAGCGCAGUGCCACGCAGCCUGCUGAUGAGGGGCCUCUGGAUCUUCUGCUGUUCAGCAGUGUGACAGAGCUGGAGGGGCUGGGCCUGGAGAGACUGAAGACGGAGCUGAUGCACUUGGGGCUGAAGUGUGGGGGUACCCUGCCGGAGAGAGCAGCCAGGCUCUUCUCUGUUAGGGGCCUGGCCAGAGAGCAGAUUGACCCCAGCCUGUUCGCCAAGCCUGCCAAAGGAAAGAAGUAGGCUGGCGUUAAGCACCUGGUCUGCAGAGAAUGGCAGGUGCACUUUUGGGGAAAAAAAUGACAGUUCAAAGUGCUCAUAAGACCAUUUCCUUUCCCUAUUUAACAGUAUUUCACAUCCACCUGUGAUGUUAUAUUGCGUUCUUAUUACUCUGUAAUGGAUUCAUUUAGUAUUUUUAUAGUGCUCCAGUAAAAAUGGCCUGAUGAAUGAUCUUAGAAGUUGCAAAUGUGUGAUGCUUUGUAAAAUCAUGGCAGACAUGAAACAUGCGAGACUUCAGCAGUAGGUCUGUACAAUGAUUCCAAAGGGUACUUAUACAACUGAUGGGUUGGUUAUAGUACCAUUAUUAGUACCAUCGUACUACAUGUUUAAGCCUAUAUCUGUAGGUUCUUACAAUAUAUGUGUUACCUUUACUCUUGUUUGAUUGAGGUACAUCUCAGGCUGUUUUUCAGGUUUAAUAAAGUUAACAUUUCAGGUAAUAAAUAAAUGUGAUUAUUUACUUAAUUAUAUUUGUUUUUCCUUUGAUGUAAUACAUUUUUUUAUUUCA